AAAAAUAUAAUCUGAAACUAUAAAAAAAUUUCUUUUUUUUUUUUAUUUUUUUUAUUUUUAUUUUAUUUAUUUAUAUUUAUUUUUGUUUGUUUAUUUAAUUUUAAACCAAGGGUAUUAGAGAUAUUUUACCCUUUAAUGAAUGUUAUUUUUGUGACUUUCUCCUUCUAGUGCUAUUUUUGAGACAAAACUUCAAAAGGUGCUAUUAUUGAGACAUAAAUCUCUAAAAUACUAUUACUAUCUAUUGACCAAUAAAAAUUAAAUUAUCCUACAUCCUCAAUUCUAACUCUAAGCUCAUCCACUAAGGAUCUGUCUGGUUCAAACGCAGCGGUUGCGGGAGUUUGCGGAUGCAGGUGAUUGUAGUUUUAAGAGAUUUGUACGUCUGAUUCUGCAAUUAAAACUUGGUGCGUUUGCGGAAUACUUAUGACUGGUAAACUACCAAAUGCAUCGGCGGUUAAAUAAUAAAUAACAAUAUUUACAUUUUAUAUAAUUAUAAAAAUAUCAAAAAUCAUAAUAUUAUAAUAAAUAUAAAAAUUAUAUUAAAAAUUAUGGUUUUAAAAUUAUAGAUAAUAUUUUUAUUUUAAAAUUUUAUCAUAUUAAUUAAAAUAUAAUAGAUAUAUUUUAGUAUUUUUAUAAUUCCAAUUAAAAUUUUUAUUGAAUAUUUUUAUUUUUGUAUUUAUAUUGCUUAAAAAUAUAUUAUCCUCCUGCAACCGUCCACAACCGCAAACGCUAGCUGAAACCAACUUUUGAAUUUAUGAAGUUUAGAGCGGUUUAAAGCGGUUUGAGUGAUUGUUGCAAAGCACCAACAACCAAUACCAACCGCAAAAGCUGCGUUUGCAGGUGGUAGCGGAGAUUUUGCGGUUGGUAGCAGGGAAACCAGUCAUACCCUAAGUUCUAAACUCUAAAUUUUUAUCAAUAACCCCAAAUUUAAAUUAAAAUAAAAAUAUUUUAAAUUUAUUUUUGCUGAUCUCUUUUUAUAUGCCAUUUUAAUUAAAAAUAUAUUUAGUUCUAUUUAAGAUUAUUUUUAUAAAAAAAAUAUUACUUAAUUUAACAUCAAUAUAUAUAAUAAAUAAUAUCAGGAAUAUUUUGUUCUUUCUUCAAAUGUAAAAAAAAAACUAUACACUUUCGAUCAUAACUUAUCAUUCUUGAGAGCAUUUGGAAUUGGACAAAGUUUCAAGUUCUUUUUGCAAAAUAAAAGUUCCAGCUUGCCCUUAGUUUGAAGUUAGAACUUUUCAUUUUACAUUUGAAAUACCAACAAAUAUUUUCAUCAGAAAUUUCCUAAAUUAUUUUUAAAAAUAAAAUUUAUUUUAAUAUAAUAUUAAACUAGUUAACUACUUUUUAACAAACGAAACUUAUAAUAUUAUGUAAUAAUAUUUUAAAGUCAUUUUCAUUAAAAAAAAUAUUUUAAGUCAUUUAUAUAAAAAAUAUGAUAAGAAUUAAAUUUUGAAAAACGUUUUUAAUAAGUUAGUUAUAUGAAAAGCGUUUUAUAAAUUUUCAAAAAAUCUUUAAACAUUUUAUAAGUUGAAAACGUUUUAAAAAAAUCAAAAUAAUUUAUAAAUUCUAAAAAAAACAUUUCAAAUUUAUAUCCUAAAUCGUUUAAAAUUCCUUUUGAAUUUUCAGUAUUUUGUCAAUGAUUUCAAAUGAAAAAUUGUCCGUCAAAAAUUUCUUUAAUAUUUUUGACGAAAUAUUGAUGAAUAGCAAACUAUUAUAUUAUAUUAGAAAUCAACGAAUAUUUUUUCGUUGAAAAUUCGGUAAAACAAUUUCCCAUGUUUUCUUGUAGUAUAUGAAUCUGUCAUUCUGUCAAGCUGGACGUGACGUGAGUUUUCAUAAAUUGGACUGGACAAGACUAAUAUUUGAGCCUCAGAAAAUGGAACGAAAAAUGCUUUUUGAAAUUCCUAGAGGCUUUCCUUUUCAGUUGUUAAAUAUUUAGUAUCUUUUUGAACCCAAUCUUUCUAUUUUCACAGAUCACUUGUGUCAUGUUUGGAAAGCUAAGAGUUAGACUAAAUCUGACGUGUAUAUAUGAAAGCUACGUACCGUUACUUGUUAUAUAUUAUGAUUUUUUAAAAAUGUAAAUCGAGUUCUUAAUAUGGAAGUAUCUUUUUACUAAAACUGAAACAUUCCUUUUAUGAUAAGUUUAUAACACACAAGAAAACAGGAAACAUUGACAUAUAAGAAAGGAGAAUAUAUACCCCUUACGUCAAAUAGAUAUAUAUAUAUAUAUAUAUAUAUAUAACAGCCUCUUGAAUCACAAAGUUAACAUCAUAUUCAUCUCUUUUCAUCUCUUACAAAGAAAACAAAAACAUGAAGUUCUUCGUUUCAGUUGUAAUGUUUUUUCUCCUCUUAAACUGUUUCGCAGCCGCGCAAACUUUGAUUCGAGAUUCUUGCAAAACAGCUGCAGCAAAAGAUCCUAAUCUCAAAUAUGAUUUUUGCGUCCAAUCACUUGAACAAGAUCCGCAAAGCAAAACUGCAACUAGUCUAUCAGGAUUAGUCCUAGCGUCAACGAAUAACGCUGCGUCCAAAAUAAUUAACGUGAAAGGGAUAGUUGAGAUUAUUCUCAAGAGCAAAAAGUAUCAACCGGGUACUGAACCCGCGUUACGCACUUGCGUAGAACUUUAUGACGAUGCUAAUGAUUCUUUAAAAGAAUCUUUGAUGAACGUUAAAUCCGAUGAUUACAGAAGUGCUAAUGUGCAUCUGAGUGCUGCUUUGGAUGAACCGAACACUUGUGAGGAUGGUUUCAAAGAGAAGCACGCGAAAUCUCCCGUUACAAACGAGAACAAUAUUUUGUUUCAGAAGAUUUUGAUUCCUUUAGCUUUUACAAAUAUGCUCUGAUGAAAUUACCAUAAGUUCUUGUAUUAUGUAAUAUGGAUUUUUAUUUACCUAAUAAUAAAUUUAAGAGCAGAAGAACAUUAUUUCACUGGAAAUUUUUGCUACUAUUUGAAACUUAAAAAAAAAAAAACAGUAAAAAUAAUAUCUGUAAAAAAAAAAAAAUUUAAUGAGCAAACUCAACAAAUCAUGACUUAUCCAAAGACCUUAAGGUUACUAUUAUUUCAAUA